AUGCCAAUCCGAGCAUGCGAUAUACCAAACAGCAGCGUUCGAAAGAAAUAUGAGCAGUUCGGGGUGUGGGGGUAGAACGACAGACUAAGUGCUAUAUGCGACCUCAUUUGUUGCUGCAUCUAACAGUCCAAUAAUUUACUAAUUUUAUGCAAUACCCAACCAAAUGGAACGGUCGUCGACGGCAGUGCCUUCCAGACGUAGUUUGGUUUAACAUAACCUUACUUUUCGCUAAACCCGGGUGAAUUCGCGAGUUUAUUUUUGUCGUUGACUGUACCGGGCAACUUUACCAAAAAACACAAAAACAAACAAAUUGCGACUGCCAAAGAAGAUAGAGUCGCAAAGCAAUCACAGUCUAAAAGGAACCGUCUACUUUGUAACUCUAAGUGGUGGUGCUCUCGAGAGAAAAAAAAACUAAUCUGAGAUCGUAAAGUAAACCUUCGAGACAUAUCUUUUAAUAUAACGAAAUUUACUUUAGCAUCUGAAAGAACAUAUUAUCGAACAUAUGCAUUUAUGAGUCGCUAAUUAUCAUGUUAAGUUCAGGACUUUGAAGAAUUAAAGGAAAGUCAGCACGUAAAGCUGCCUGAAGCUAAAAGAAGCGUACUACAGCAGAAGGAUAAUUUGCCAAACCUCAAUGAAGUACCAUUUUCCCAGUUGUCAGGUCGUAAGCAAGAAAAAAAGGCAAACAGUAAUGUAACUAAUAAAGUGAGUAAUCUCUCAAAAUGAAAAACUAAUAAGGUUUAUAAAAUUAACGCAUUAAUAGCGCCCUUACCAGCAAUUUUACACACGGCCCUGUCAGCAACAUUCGCCGGGCUUCGAGUUCCGGAACGAGACCUCGGCCUGCCAUGAAUCGGUGUCGUGGGCCUAGACAUAACGUACGGUUACUGCUGGCCACAACCUCUUCAUCUGUUUUUACAAAUUGCCUGUGCAAGUACUUGGAACCCGACCAAAUCUUGGCUUCAGCAUCACAUCAGAAGACCAGAAAUUUCCACAUGCAAAUAAAAUUAUAAACAGCGCUUACGUUAGUCGCCAUAGACGCUUUAUCAAGCGUUAUACUUGAAUGUGUGUGACAUCGGUACCUUGUUAAAUCAAGGCAGGUUAUAAGGUAAAGAAACUUCACGCCACUAAAUGAAAACAAUUAAAAGGGAAGGCAGAAUUUUCCUCUCCACCGAUGAACCACCAUGUUUCCCUCUCUUCGCUGUCGCUUUGAAUAUUCAUCUCGUUCCUCAAAGUUGCAUGUGAUUGGUUCAGUCAGCGAUUUGUAGCAAAGCGCGUGACACAUGUGUUUUUGGCGCGUAAUUCUUGUUGCUCAGUAAUUAAUAUUGAUUGUAUUUUGGGGUUUGUGAUCUUUCGACAGCUUUUUAGCCACUGGAACUAUGCAGUAAAGUACUCAGAGUUUGUCACCUAUCGAAUCAUAAGCAGUAAAAGAUCGCUAUAUUCUCAACCAGGUUCGAUUGUUGAUGCUUCACGCAACGUCAACUGAUGCCUUGAGGGCAUUACCAUAAUAGAAAUAAUUACUGUAAAAUGCAAUACAAUAAAGGCAAAUUUUGUCAGAAUAUCGUGGAUGAAAACUGAUUGAAGGACAUUUUACAAAGUUUCUUUUUGAAAUUUGAAUUAAAUGAAACACUAGGCAUUUGGCUAAUUCUCUAUUAAAAUAACUUGUAAUUAAUACAUAAGACUUGAGUCUUCGUAUUGUGUGUUCAAUCACGCGAACAAACCAAAAGCACGUAUAUGUAAAACGAGAUCUCUCUUUUGCAUAUAAUCCAGCAUCCUCGAAGACCUCGGGGCAGCUAAUCGGAUGAGGAUUUCAUAAGCAAAAGCCUUGAAAACUUUACUUGAAUCAAUUUUGACCUCGAAUACUUAACACAACCUAAACAGCUGUACUGGGUUACCGAGGAGUAUCGUUUACAUUUUUUAACACUGCAUCCUUAAAAAAAAUCCUGGGAAAAUGUGCGAUUUUGGUCAGACAGGGAAAAAGAACCGAAAAAGAAAAACGAAAGCUGCAUCACAGAAUCCCAACAACUACAGAAAAUCAUUUCCGGAUUCCGGGUUGGUUCAGUCAAUGACGGGCGUAUAAACGGUAUAGAUUACCGCAUACCGUCUCGGAUCAUGUCUCUCAGUGCCCCACUGACGCCCCACUGAAAGAAAUGGACGGGACCCAGGACUUUGGACUCUUCACCAGAUGAAAAGGACACCAAAGUUUUGGGAGACUAUUUCACAUAAAGUGGCAAUUAAAAGGUCCCCUCACCUAUCAACUUAAAACAAAUAAUCCUGUGCAUCUCAAACUAGCCAAGAACAAAAAUGUCUCUCUGAUUCCCCAUGCCUGGGCGAGUCUUUCAAGGCUCGGUUAGUUGUAAUCCUGGAUUAAGCAAGAUUUUUUCCUGGGAAAACAGCCGUCUCUUCCCGAAACAAAGAAUAUGAGUUGUCAUGGUGACUAAACCUCAGUGGAUAACUUGGGCGUAGCGUUGCCAUUUUGGCAAGUACGUACGCACAACCAUAUUCGUAACAAAUUACGUUUUGGCUGUCCUUUAAUAGUUACAACUUUUAGCAGAUUACAGUCUUGUUUACGAUAGAGCUGGUACUGGAAUCAGAAAGUUUUCAUGCACAAGGCGCCUCCCCUAAGUAAACUUCCAAAGCGCUGAAUAUACAUGUACUUCACAAGAAAUUCAAAUAAGAUAUUUCGUUCAAUUGCUAAAUGUUUGGAAUGAAACAUAAGUUCUACUGUAGCUCAAGAAAAAUGACCACUUAAAGUGCAGAAAUUUGGAGAUUAAAGCAUCGGGUGGAAGAAUUUCGGCGUGUGCGUGAUUGAGUAAAUUUUCGGCAACCUUAGUCCUCUGCUGACUUUUGUGUUUCUCCUUUAUUUCGAUCAUGAAAUCGAUCGUGGAAAAGAUCAUUAUAGUAAGGGUUUUAGUAUUUAUUUAUUUAUUUUCAGUUGUUCUGAAUAUCUCUAAUGUUUUUCAUUGAAAACUAUUCCACAUCUGUUGAGUGCAAAUUUCCUGCAAAAUUCUUGUUGAUCAACCUCGUCCCCAGAGCUUUUCCCUCAAAAAAGUUUUUCAGGGAAAAGCCCUGGGGACGAGGUUCCUUGUUGAUACCUGGCAAAGUACUAUUGAGGGGUGGGAGGUGAGUAAGCAUUAGUGCUAAGGGAAGAGGGGUGACUGGGGUGAACGCAGGUACAUGGAGGUGAUCAGUGAGGGUAUGUGGGGAAGAGGGUGAUUAUAAGCCGUUUCGGUAAAGGUCAGCUGCUUUCAACUAACUGACAACUGUUGAUGGUAAAAUACAACUGGGCCUUCCCACAACGACACCUGUAGGGAUAGAGGUACUGAAGUGGUCAUUGUGGAGAGAAUAAGGCCACCUCCACACGCAACCGCAAAAAGGCCAAUAAUUGUAAAACCGCUUUCUUUAAUGAUAGUACUGUAAGUGAGGCUCUCUCUUUACUGGCUGUUUUGAAAGUUAGGAAGCGUGGCCGAGUGGUUAGAGCGCUGGACUUGCAAUUUCGAAGUCCCACUCUGACCGCUACCUGGAUUUGUUCACUGUAAUCCCGAGUUCAAAUCCUGGGCGAUGCUUGUAAAUAGCAAGCUGAUUUGCCUCCGGCCGGUUGGGAUUCAGUUAAAUUCAAUUUGAAUUAUUUGUUUCAGAUAUUUGCUGGGCCCCACUAGCAUUAGUGCUACAAAUACUGCGAGGGUAAAUAACGUAAUUAUAUAAUAUAUGUUAUAUAUUUUGGUUUUUCUUAAUAAAGGGCGAGGAUGCCCUACAGAGAAGCUCAGAGCUGAUCCACUCUGGAAAUGUUAUCAAGACUUCAAAAGGAGGCUCUCAGGAUCGUGUCAUGUUCCUAUUUGAUCAUCAACUUGUGUACUGCAAAAAGGUAAAAAAGAAAAAAAGAAAUAGCUUAGGGAAAUGUACGCACUGUAAAAUGAAAAGAGCCAAUUUGGCCCCAAAAAUGGGGCCGGAACGGGUGAGUCCAGAAUGGUACUGUUUUUGGGGCCAAUUCAGCCCCACUGAGAUGGGGCUGCUUUUGUACCAAAAUUUGGGCUAAAAUGACCCUUGCAUCGGGGCAAAAUUAGACCAUGUAAAGGGUCAAUAUGGAAAACACUAGGGCCAUUUUGGAUUUUCCAGUAGCCAAAACAGCCCCCUCAAAUUUUGGCCCUCUUAAAAACUACCCCUCCAAACUGUAGUCGAUUCAGCCCCAUAUCAGGCCAUUAUGGUUUUUUUAAUUUGGGUGGGGGCCUACAGAUUUUUUCCCUUAAUUAGGGUAUUGAGAAAUAAUGAAACCAAACUAAGGCUUAUUUCAAACAUUUAUUCAGUUCUGAAUGCAUGAGUUACUGUGAUCUGUGUACAUCAUAACAACGCGUAUUCCAACCUAUUUAUGUAAAAUUAUCUUCGGUUAAUCUCAACUUUUCUAGAUUGAACAUUUAGAAAUAUUGGAGGAAUUAAACUGGCCAAGAGAGACACUUGUCUUCGGUGCGAUCAAAGUAACUACUUACUUAGUACUUAGUACGGGUUAAGAAAUUUUCUCGGUGUGUUCUGGCUUGUAGCUAGCGAGCUACGGUGGCUCUUGGAGGAUUUUGUCGAGCUAUAAUUCUGUGGUAAAUGAACCGCUGCUAUGUCCGCCGUAAUAUCUUGAAUUUCUAUCUAGUCUUCCUUUAAAUCCUAAAGCACAAAUGGUCCCUUACGCGCUACGGCGCCAUUACUGCUUAUUCUAACUCAUGAAGAUCAGUAUUCCCUUAUCCCCUACAUCAAACCGGCUCGCGCGCACAUGAACAAAAACAGCACAGGGAGGGUAGAAUUAAAAUCCAUGCUAAAGAUUUCUCUCUCUUGUCUUUCAGGAAAUAUUAAAGAAAAAUGGCCUAACGUACAAAAGGAGAAUUGACAUGGACGACUUCACUGAGAUUUGGCUGAGAGAUGGAGAAGUUACAACUACUUUAAUUUAUUUCUUGUUUUCGUCUCAAACAAAUUCUAUGGCUUGACCAUGGGACGAAAAAUACUUACUCCGGCAGCAACUUAAUGCAAGACCAUGUAUGAACCUUUUUUCGGAGGACUCGAAAAAAAAAUCAGUUAGAGUUACUACAGUACCUUUUUGUGGCUGCAGACGCGAUCUUGGAAGUGUGGUAUUACGUGCGCAACCUAGAUCGUAGUUACGACAAGCUCGCUCGGCUGCCAGGGUUUUUCCUUCUUCCGGCCCUGUGAUUCUCGUUCUCGCUUUAAUCGGGUACGAAAGGAGAGGAUCACUUGGAAAGGAAACGAACUGAGCGAGGCACAGUGUUGUAGUUAGCAAUUUUCAGGCGUAAUUGCCUCACUAACGGAAGGAAUAAGAAGACAAGCUGAUCCCUUUUUUGUUUUUAGAAACGCUAAACAGAUCACCCCUUAACAACGCUUGGAAAAUCUAUAACUUCAAGAAGGAAAAGUGGUACAUAUUCCACACGAAAAAGGCGGCUCAGAGGGAAAACUUGGAUGAAAGCAUUUAA